ACCAUUCUCAUGACCUGUUGCCGAAGAGUCUUCCUCUCUCCACUCUCCCUGUCACUCAUCCAUCCAUCAUCGACGUUCUUCCUCGCCAUCGAUACAGCGACAUAGGACAUCAAACGUAGUCUUUUGAUCGCGCUCUAUCGACUAUUUUUCUAUUUCGGAGGUUUCACAGUUGGCUCUUUUUUGUCUUCGCGCAACCUACGAUACGCAACUCAGCGGCACGAUCCGCUUGUUCUAACGCGACCGCCGACUGUCCGCUCCCCCCUUUCGCUCAAGAUCCUCGCGUAUAACGUAUUACUGGUCUACUCUUCGAGGGCGUGAUCUUGGGACGCCUGGCUAACAUCAAGGUCGUUGGUUCAUUGGUUUUGACAAACGUGGUGACUGGAAAGUGAGGUGGAGUUUCAGGGUUGUCUCUCUUCUGGCUUGUUUUGGCCAGCUGUACUCCUUAUUCAUUGCACCCAUUUCUUUUUAUGACCCUAUUGCCACUAUUGUUCCCUCAAAGUACAAUCAAAAUUGAUUAUUUCCAUUCACCCUGAGUUGAAAGAGCACGGCAGUGCGAGAAAGAAAACCAACAGAGAAGAAAACAAAGACUUCCAUUGUUUGCAAAAGCAAGAACAAUCAAACAAUCAAUACUUACAUAGUGCUUUGUGCGACCGGCCCCGACCUGACUUUGGGAUUUUUUUCGACUUGCGAUAUUGAAUCUCAACAAACUUUUGUUAUCACUUGUACUGUGCUCCAUCUGUUCCUGUAGGAAACAACCAGCACGUAUCAGCCAAAAUGACGUCCUCCGUCUUCUUCAAAUUCAAAUCUCAAAAGGAGCCUACCCGAGUCGAGUUUGAUGGCACCGGUAUCUCAGUAUUUGAGUUGAAGCGUGAGAUUAUCACAAAGAGUGGCCUAGGAGAUGGUACCGAUUUUGACCUGCAUAUUUAUACCGAUGAUAACAGCGAAGAAUACGACGAUGAUACGACUAUCAUUCCAAGGUCAACGACUGUCAUUGCCCGACGCCAACCUGCUCUCAAGCCAGGUGCAGGGCGCGCAGCUCGUUAUGUGUCUGGAAAGAUGCCUGUGACAGCCAAAAACGCUGGCCGCAAGGAGCAAGCGGCGAAGGCCUCAUCUUCCAAACCCAGCUCUGAUGCCAUCAGCCAGAUGAACAAUGCUAUGACUGAAGAAGAGAAGAUGGCUGCCAUGUUUGCAGCACAAACCGAACAGUGGUCUGCUCAACAAGAGGAAAUGUCUCACCAAACACCCGUGUUCAAAGCUGGUGCGAAGAGACCAGCAAACGUCCCCGACCAUGACCCCCCGAACGGGUACAUUUGCUACCGGUGCGGUAACAAAGGUCAUUGGAUUCAACUGUGUCCUACUAAUGACGACCCCGAAUUUGACAAUCGCCCGCGUGUCAAGCGAACCACAGGCAUCCCACGUUCAUUCCUGCAAAAGGUAGACAAGUCUGUUGUCCUUGCGCAAACUGAGGGUGAUGAAUCCAAGCGUCCGUCAGGUAUCAUGGUCAAUGCCGAGGGGGACUUUGUUAUUGCUGAGCCCGAUAAGGCUUCGUGGGAGCAGUUCCAGGCCAAGGCCAAGUCUUCAUCUACAGCUAACGCACCACUAGCUGAGAACAAGGAGAUUCGGGAACAGGGCUUGGAGUGUUCAAUUGACAAGAAGAUGUUCAUAGAGCCAAUGAAGACUCCAUGCUGUCAGAAGACCUUUUGUAAUGAUUGCAUAACUAAUGCUCUCAUCGAAAGCGACUUCGUCUGCCCUGCUUGCCAGUCAGAAGGCGUAUUGAUUGAUGACCUUCAACCAGAUGAAGAAGCUUCCAAGAAGAUUCAAGAGUAUUUGAAGGACAAGGAAACGGCCAAGACUCCCCCGCCCGCGUCGCCCAAGACUUUGGCAGAUGCCAAGCCAGAUGGCGAGAAGCAAGAGAAGUCAACAGAGGAGACUAGCGACAAUAUGGAGCAAAAGACUGAGAAUGAACCAAGUGAACAGACUAAGGACUCGGCCGUCGAUGAAAAGCCAAAGUCGCCGGCGUCUCAAACUGCAACUGUCAACUCACCUCCCGCGGGCCCUAAGAACCUUGUAUCCGCGUCUCAAGAUGCGAACAAACAACUAGAUAAUCUCAAGCCGACAGAUACCAACUCCAAGAAACGGCCCGCAGAUGAUAUUCUUGACAACCCAAGGAUUCCCAGGGGUCCCAAGGCCAUGCAGAACCAACAGAAUAUGGUGAACGGCAUGGGCAUGAACGGCAUGGGUAUGAACAUGGGCAUGAAUAAUAUAAUGUUCAACGGAAUGCCCAUGAUGCCCAACAUGAUGGGCAUGCCGAACAUGGGUAGCAUGAAUAUGGGCAUGCCAAAUAUGAACAUGAUGGGAAUGCCUAACAUGAUGGGAAUGCCUGGGUUCCCUGGCAUGAAUGGCGGGUUCGGCGGCAUGCCUGGUUGGGAUAUGGGCAUGAAUGGAAUGAAUGGCAUGAACAGUAUGAACGGCAUGGGUAACAUGAAUGGAGGAAUGAACGGUUUUCAGAACGGCAACUUUGGACAGGGCGCUGGCGCGGACGAAGACGCCUACUUUCGUAAGCCAGUUAAUCCUCAUCGACACCAGAACAAACAGCGACGAGUGCGGCCAAGCGACUAUCGAGAGCUCUGAACAUCGAUUCGGCUAUCAUUCCUUCUUCUAGCGAUUGCUUCUCCUUUGUUUGUCGCAUUUUGGAUUGGGACUCUAGGCUCAUCACGAUUUGCUUGAUUUUUCAGCAUACUUACCGUCAGGCUGAACUGACCGGCGUUGGGGAAUGGCCUCGGAGGAUUCUUUAUGACAGGUUUCCAUGUCUACUACGUACGGCCAAGGGUUGGGGAAACGGUGCAUUACUUAGCAAGAUCUCGAAUCAAAUCGGGGUCAAGCAAUGAAUAAACAAACAAAUGAACGAAAACUAAGAAUUCUUGGGUGCUUUUUUGGUGAUUGACUGUGUCUGCAGCUUAAUUCUAGGGUGUAUUAUCGUAAGCCAUUAAUCAAUUAUUCUACAACUCCG